UUGAAAGUGAACAGCCGAUUUGACAAGAAGCAAAAACCACAGAAUAGAGUACCAUAUCGUCUUUCUGUUCACUUUGUUUCACAAACGAUUCAGGCUCUUCCUACAGUCUUCUGCCACCUCCUUGCUCUUCUCUAUUUAUUUCACAGAUGUCGCUGAGGUAGAUAACCAAGUCCAAUCCUGAAGAAUUCAAGGGAGGAAGAGAAGUCUACUUGUGAAGUUUUUCUGUCCCUGAUAUGCACCGGAGAUGAAGACAUCCCCUGGCAUGCUUGGAAUUGGGAAAUUGUGUUGGGUGUUCUUCCUAAUCCCACAUCUGGUCAUCUGGAGUAUCAACGGGGAAAAAUCAUGUAAUGAACAACUGUAUGUAAAGAGAUAUUCCAUAUACACUGUCUCAGCAGGGAAUUCAUUUGAUCUGAAAUGCCCUGUGAAAUACUGUAGUAACAGACCUACUGUGAUCUGGUGCAAGAUUGAAGGAAAAAGCUGUUUAUCUCUUGGGUAUAAACUUCAGGGAUACACAACUUGGAAUGAAAAGGAGAAUACUUCAGUUUUUAUUCUGCAUUUUAGUCACAUACUUCCUGGUGACACUGGUUCAUACCGCUGUUCUGCAAAUUUUUCAUCUGGACUUGUUGAAAGCCAUUCAGUAACCAUUAAUGUGACAGAAUGGACUAGAAAUAAUUCAGAAUACCCUCUGAUAAAUACAACCGGUGCCUCAGGACCACCCUCCACAGAAGGGACGGAUGAAAGACAAUGGAUGCUUUAUAGUUUGCUUCCUUUGGGGGCAUUGCUUCUGCUCAUUACCUGUUUCUACCUAUUCUGCUGCCUUAGAAGGCACCAAGCAGAACAAAAGAAGCCUUCUGAUACAGCAGGAAGGGAAAUUAACCUGGUUGAUAUUCCCCAGCCCUUUAGGCGUGAGCAAACUGAAGUGGGAACCAGGCAAAAUCCCCAAACCCUGCCAUCAGAAACUAGUACUUAUGAUAAUGAGCCCUGGUUCAGGGUCCAGGAAGAGUCUGAAGUUUAUUCUAACCCAUGUCUGGAGGAAAACAAGCAGAGCGUUGUUUAUGCCUCCCUGAACCAUUCUGUCAUUGGAAUAAACCCAAGACAAGCAAGGAAUGUGAAAGAAGCACCUACAGAAUAUGCAGCCAUAUGUGUGAGGAGUUAAAUUCGGUCUUAACCUCCAACCAGUGGUCACUGAAUGAUCAGCAUGUCAACACCAUUAUCUGAGUCCAACAAAAUGUCAAAUUAUAUUUUUCGACCUGAGAAGCUUCACUUCAAGGACGUUCAUGUUGGUGCUUGGGUCUUUAGGGUCCAUAGGACAAAUAACUAAAAUUUCUCCCAAAAAAUUGUGAGGGAACUUUUUUAUAUUAUAGCCUUGAACAACAGCACAAAAAGCCUUGCCUCCAAAACUGACUAGUAUUAUCAGUUGAGGGUAGUAGAACAUUUAAACUUAGCUACAUUUUACCCAAUGUACAAAGUUCGUGUGUUUUUUGGAGGAUAAGAGACACAUGCAGGCAAGAGAGAUUUGUGUUAUCUGGAUUAGUUCACUACACUCUCCUGACAAAGAAAGAAUGUUCCAAUUUGACUAACGAACCAUCAACCAAGUAAUGAUAGUAUGUUUAUUUCUGGCCAUUCUUCCAUGAUGAGAAAUUUUCCUGUCAAUCUCAUACUGGGGUUUCUUAAAUGUAAAGAAGAAAUCAUUUUAGACUUGAUAUAAGAAAAGAGUGGAAAGACUAAAUGGUGCAAUAAAGAUGUUGAACACACCAACUAAUGCAGAGUAGGUGUUCCUCAUCCCGACAAAUGGUUUUAUGUACCCUUAGCAGUGUAAGUAAGUGAGUGAGUAACACUGCUAAGCCAACGUAGGUAGGGAUGGAGCUAUUAAUGUGUGGUGCAUUUAUAAACAAAGUUGAUAAUCACAACAAAGUUGUGAUUCGGUGUUUGGGUCACAUGGACUAAUGUAUAUAAAUGUGACGUAAUGCUGCUAAAUUAAAAUACUUGGGGGUGUCUAAAUAACCAUAAAAAUCAGUGAAAAUAAGUAUCAUCCAGCAAGUGCAGAUUGAUAACUUAAACUGCCUCAUGGUUGACCUGAGAGCAAAUGAAAAGCACAGUUAAUGGAAUAGAGAAAAGUCUGGAAUAUUUAAUUGGCCAGUUCGGAUCACCGUACUUUCAUUAAGCACAUCUGUAUCUUGCUGCUCUUCUUACUAAGGAAUCAGGGCAAAUCAUAUAUAACGAAGUGGUACGGCUUCAUAACAAUUCGUUUUAAUGUGCUGUAGUUGCAGCCACUUGAGUACAGCAAGAGCAGAUGGUUUCAGAGUUUCUGAAUUUCCAGAGUACUUGAGUCUAAUUAUUUCAAAAAUAGCCUACAACUUUAUUCAACAGCUUGAGGCUAUUAGGAUUCUCAGGUGCUGCUGCUAAAUAAAGCAGUACACCUCAUACCAAGUGGACAGCAAAGGUUGGGAUCCAUUUGAACAAAUAGGUGAGCUGCUGCACAAAUGAAUGUGUGUGUGUGUGUGUGUGUGUAUAAAAGGAAGACUGGGUGACUUACAGAAAUGGUAACGAGAGAAACUGACAAAAUUGACAUUCCAUUUCAGUUUCCUAAAAAGUUCAGAAUACUAGAGCAAAUGGAUCAUUAAAGAAAAUGUAUGAAAAUAACGUUUGAAAUUAGGAAGUAUGUAUCCCAUAAAAUUUUUUAUCCCAUAAAGAUAAAACUAGGAUUUUGUGGUGGAGCUUUUCUUCUGUAACAACACUGGCAUUAAGAUUUUGCCCCUUAGAUUGGGAUUGUGGGUAUUGCUUUAGAGUCACUGUUAUCAAGCCAGCGCGAUAGCACCGUACCUGGAAUUUUGAGCAACUGGUUCUAGGUAGGCUCUUUCAGCCAAGCUGCAUUUAUAAGCAACUAUAUACAAAAGAUAUAUUAGAAUAACUGUCUGUGGUAUUCUUAAAUAUAGAAACAGGAAGUAUGGGGAGGAUACAUUUAGCUGCCCUUAUCAGAUAAACACACAGCUGAACAGUUCCUUCAUAAUUUUCUUAAAUUUAAGCAACAAAAUAUUUCUGUCUAUUGUUUAGGAUAUUCUUAGCAUGUCUUAUAGUAAAGAUAAUGUUGAUAAUGAUUUCACCUCUACAAAUGAUUUAUUCUUACAUUUGUACCAUGCUGCCAAAAUUCCAAAUCACUCAUGUUUUUACUGCUUCUUAAUAAACGGUGUCAGAAUUAUAUAGGUAUUUCCCAAAUAAAUCUAUUUCAGUAUUA